AUGGACACGUGCGCUCUUGAAUAUGUAUUACCACGAAAAUUUCCAAGCCAUACAUCGUAACCCUGAUCGGCUAAUAAAUAAGCUGUAACGAAAGGAAAUAAUUAAUUAAUUGAUAUAAAAUAAAACUAAAAAAUUAGAAUUUAUACAGAAAAAUUUACAUAGAAAAAAACUGUUUCUGUACCGAGAGCUUUUCCUUUCCCAAGCAUAACCCAAUCUGCAGAGCUACCUAAUACACCGUGUUGUAAAAAAAUCGCAGAAGAUCCAGGUAGUAAAAAUGAACGAAAUAACUUUACCACCAUCUCCAAAUUGGUACUUAAAUAAUAUUCUUGCUUGUUCUUCUAAUGGCACUACAGCAUGGGGUGCUAGGAAUACAAUUGUUAUUGCUAAACCUAAUGAAGAUGAUAAAAUAUUACAAUACUCUAUUAUUAAACAUGCUCACAAAUCUAAAGUGACAUGUCUUGCAUUUACUCCACAAAUAGAAGAAGUAAACCCUAAUUUAAUAGCUUCUACAGGAGAUGAUAAUGCAAUUAAAAUAUGGGAUUCUGGAACAUUAUGUGGUAGUUACACUUAUCUUUUACAAAAUGAUAAACAAGCAAUAGGCAUAGAAUGGUCUCAUAAAGAAGCUUACGUUAUCUAUGUAGCAACAUCUGAUGGUUGUGUAUUAUCAUGGAAUGCUCAUUUUGAUACUAUUUCUUCCAUUUCAUUAGGGAAAGCAAUACCUACUUGUAUAUCUUCUUGUCCCCAUCAUUCACAUGUUGUAGCUGUAGGCACAAAAAGUGGUUUAGUUUAUAUUAUUAAUUUUCAAGACAAGGGAAAAAUAAUUUAUAAGCUUAGAGGACAUGAUACUGAAAUAGUUAGUUUAUCAUGGUGUCCGUCAGAGAACAAUGUUCUAAGUGGAAAUCUAAAUAAAGAUUUAUUGUUAGCUUCAGGAGGAAAAGAAAGGUAAUUGGGUUGUAGUUCACUGGAUAGAACCUAAACUGUUAUUAACAAGUUCAUCUUGGGGUGAAUUAAUUUCUUGGGACUUAUCAAUAAUGAUAAAAGGCAAGCCUGGUGUUAAACUAAUACAUGCACAUCACAGCAGGGGAUUGUUUUGUAUUGCACAUGAACCACAUACACAAAAUAUUUCAGGAGAAAAUUGGAGACUAAGACAAAGACAUACAAUUUGGACUUUGGCACAAGAUCGAAGAAUUAUUUGUUGUGGAAUAGAAGAAAAUAAUGUUGAAAUACAUUAUGAUAUAUUUACACAAGGUGGAUAUGUUUACUGCAUUGCUGCUUGCCCAUUAGAUACUUCAUAUGUUGCAUUUGGUGUUGGAGAUGCAAUGUUACGAUUAUGGAAUUUAUCGGAAGCACAUACUACUACUUUUGAUAUAUCUGCUUUUUGGCAAAAAAUUAAAGGGAAAAUUCGUGCUAUAACAUGGCACCCUGAAAAAGAGAAUUUAUUGGCUUAUGCAACUGAUGAAGGUCGAGUUGGUGUAUUUAAUAUAAACGGAAAUAAACCACCCCUACUAUAUAGACAAUAUCAUAGAAGUAUAAUAUAUACUAUUGGUUGGGGUCCAAAUCCAGAAAAUAAAUUUGUUUUGUAUUCCUGUGGAGAGGGAGAGCUUGUGUAUUAUGAUUCAGAAAAAGUUAUAAACCAAGAACAAUUUUAUUUCUUAAUAAAAAAUUUGAAACACGUGGAUGCGCUAAGUUUUCUUCAGAAAUGGUGCAUUGCUUAGUCUGGCAUCCUGAGAGUACAGCAACAGAUUCAACAUUUUCUCCAUUAAAAAAUUACUUAGCUGUUGCUUUUGAAUCAUGUACUAUACUUAUUCUUGAUUUAUCUAAUUUUAUAGACUAUUUUAAAAAAGUGGAAGAUUCAACUAACAGUGAUAAUGACAAUGAUAAGUGUGAUAUUUAUAAAGUGCAUGAAAUUGUAGCUUCUUUAAUUGGACAUGUAAAAAAUGUUGUUUGUUUAGCAUGGAGUCCACAUAUAAGUGGACAUCUAAUAUCUGGUAGUUAUGAUGGAACUGCACAGAUAUGGAAUAUUCAAACACAAGAAUUAAUAGCUACAUACACAGGACACAGUGGUCCAGUAUUAUGUUGCAUGUGGAGUCCAUUAGAUCCUAAUUUUAUUAUAACAGGUUCUGCUGAUUCCACAAUACGAAUAUGGAAAAUUGCUCACUAUUCGCCACAAAAAGAAGUAUUUAAAAAAUCAUGUAAAAUAAGCAAAUCAAAAGAGAAACAAAAUGGAAUAAAUGGAACUGUUAAUACUUCUAUUGAAAAUAGUUUAUUAGAAUUAACUAAUGCUACUUCAGAAUGUUCUAUUUCAAAUGUUUCCAAAACUAUACAAAAGUCAAAGAUAAUGAUGAUGACAGAGGUAAGAAAUAAAAACGUACGAUCAUAUUUUUCAAAAUGUACUAACACAACAUCUCAAAAAACACUUUUACUUAAUUCUCUCUUAAAUAUUAUAAAAAAUAUGAAAAGUGAAAAUUUUGAUAUGAAAGAUAUUCAGAAAGAUACUUCUUAUCAUAUGAUACCAAUAUUAUUUUCAACACAAGAAUAUUUUGUAUCACAUUUAAAUAAUGAAAAACAUACUCAUACUGAGAAAAAUUCUCAUAAUCUAAUCACAGAAAUGGAUAUAUGGUGCGAUAAUCUUAAACAAAAUUUAGAGGAAGCUGCUAAAGAAAAACGCCUUAAUGACUUUCUUGUUUCACUUUCAGCUAGUCUGUCUAUGAAAGUUUGGAAAGAUAUGUGUGAACUAUAUGCAUAUCAAUUAGUGAUUGAAGGCAAUCCAUAUAAAGCAGUAUCAUAUUUACUUUGUGUACAUAAAACUUAUAAAGCUAUAGAAGUAUUUCAGACUACAAAUUUAUAUAAAGAAGCAUAUGUUCUUGCAAGGUGUAGACUUGAAUCUGAUGAUCCAGUGCUAAUAGAAAUAUUAAAACAAUGGGCAAAAUAUAGUAUAAGUACAGGCAAUUUUGAACAAGCAGCAUACAUUUAUGCUAAAUUAGGAGAAUUUUCGGAUACUGUAAAAUAUCUUGCUCGCCGUAAAGAUGCAACCACAUUAAUAACGGCAGCCGAAAUUGCUUUUUUAUGCAAUGAUGAAAUAUUUAGUAAAUCUUUAGCUCAACAAGCAAUAAUUACAACUUUAAUAAAUUCGGAGUAUGACUUUGCACGAAAUAUAAUAGAGAAGUUUCCAUAUCUUAAGUAUCAAGAAAUACAUUUAUUAACUUUUGAAGAACUUGAAAAAAUUAUUGAAGGAGAUAUAAGUUUUGAUCAGAUUCAAACGUGGAUAGAUGGAGAAUCAAAUUAUGGUCUGUUACAAACCUUAGAAACAAUCUGUGGAAAUUGUAGUUCUUAUUACAAUGAUUUAUAUCAAAAUAGAUUUUAUAAAAUUUUAGACAACGAGAAAAUGUUAUGGUUAACAGUUGGUCAUGAAAUUGCACUGGCAAUAGCUUCUCUUGAAAAAGAGCAGAAAUUAAAACAUAUUGUUACAGUAUUACAUACAAUUACUCAAUUUGAAUUACUGCAUCAAAAAGGUUUAGAAAACUUAUAUAAUUUUUUAAUUGAAAUUAUUAUAAAAUUAGAUAUUAAAAGUCCAAUGGAUGAAACAAGUAUAUAUACAAAAAGUGAUUAUUCUAUAUCAAUUAGUUUACGAGCUUAUUUAUGUUAUGCUCUUCUGAAUUGGUUUGUGUGCCAUAUAAAUGAAGAAUUUAUUAAUAAUAAUAAUAUAAUAAAUUGUAUCAACCUGAUCGAACAUUUAUUUGAAAAUGUAUUAAAUAAACAAACAAUAAAACAUUGGUAAAACGCAAGAGGAAAAUAAAGCUGAUCAAGAUGUAGAAUCUCUUAUGGAAAAAUUAAACACAUUAAAGACACAGAAGGAUCAGAUUCUCAACGAUUUAGUUCAUAUUCCAGAUCCUGUUAUGGUGUACGGUAUAGCAAAUGAACUAUGCAGUAAAUUGCAUGAUGAAACUAUUAAAAAUAAGUUUGUGAAAUGUAUUUCCGAAACGUGGUUAAAUGCUACUAAAUAA